UCCCAAGGGAAACUCCUCUCUGGAUCAUACUGCUCCUUCCCCUGGUUGACCAUCUUGUUAUAAAGAGGGUUCUAAAAUCUCCUUGACCUGGCUUGACAAACUCCUAGAAACAAACACCAUGUUUUGGCUGCUCCUGUGUCUCACUGUGACUUCCUUGGUCACUGCGGAUCACAUCAUCCUUUAUAAUUCAGAGGUAGCAGCAAGGGAUGGAGAAGGUACUGAAUGUCUGUGCAGUUUAGAGAUGCCUGAAGAGCUCUUCCCUUCACACAUGAUUGAUAUCCUGGAGGAUGCCUACACCAACCUGACCGACCGCCUUAAACAUGACAUAAGUAAGAUUACAGUAAUAAAAAAUAAUAUAACAGACUAUACUGACAGGUUGAAAAACUUAACCGACACUAUAAGAGAUAUGGAGACCAAUGGCAUCAAGGAUGAUAGUGAUUACCAAAGAGUUGUGAAAGACAUAAGCAAUCUGCAAAAAUUAAUUGAAGAUUUAACGGAUCGCCUAAAUGGAACUGAAAAUGGGGUAGAAGACUUACUUAAUCAGGUCAAUAAUGUCUCCAGUAUGGUGUGGACACUAGAAACCUUUGAUCAGAAUGGAGUGUUAGCGACACGUAGGGAACUUGCUUCAGUUCGGAAACAAUUGGCUGAAUGUGAAGAAGCUGCUGGGAAUCCCAAUUUUGGACUGCCUUCAGCUGGACUCGUGCCUCCUGAGUUUGGUACAUGUGAUAACAAAAAGCUGGUGAACGUAAGCAAGCCUUUUAUAGUGAAACUGAACUGGAGAGGUUUCAACUACAAAUAUGGAGCUUGGGGAAAAGACUUUGCUAUUGGAAACAAACAUCCAGACAUGUUCUGGGUUGCUCCAUUGAAUACAGAUGAACGUCGGAUGGAGACUUACCGCCUCUAUAAUACAUAUACAGAUAUGUUAUUGUACAAAAACCAAAUAGAGAAAAGCCUGUCCGAAUACGUUGGCCUCACCUGGAACUAUGCCAACUGUGGACAAGGAAGUGGAAUCAUUUUAUACAAUGGCAGCCUCUAUUACAACUGCUAUAACACCAGGAACCUGUGCAAGCUCGAUGUCGUCAGCCAUAAACUCAACCGUAGGCCAGUAGAAGGUGCCGCUUUUAAUAACUGGUUCUCCUAUGGUGGGGUCAAUUGGCAGGACUUUGAUUUUUCUGGUGAUGAGAAUGGUCUGUGGGUAGCUUAUGCCACAGAAACCAGAAAAGGGAAUGUAACCAUUGGAAAGCUUGACCCCGAUACUCUGCAUAUAAAUGAGAAAUGGGACACGUCACUAUUCAGACCAAAUGCAACUAAUACCUUCAUGAUCUGCGGGGUCCUGUAUGCUCUCAAGCGAGUAAGUGCACAUGUUGAGAAAAUAUUUUACUCAUUUGACACCAAUACAGGUAAAGAAGAGACUUUGGACAUCACCGUGGAAAAGCUAGCAGACACACCACAAAGUGUGAGCUACAACCCCAAUGACCACAAGAUAUACAUGUACAAUGAUGGUUACCUGGUCACUUAUGACGUGAUGUUUGAACGCCGCCCAGUGAGAAAAAGGCGAAGCGUGGCCAAUCAGUAUGAGAGCAACGCCGUUAUAGCAAUCAGCCAGGGCCAGCAGCAAUAUGCAGUGAUAUGAGAAAGAGCUAAUGCUAAGUUUGUGUAUCUCUUAGCUACCGGGAAAUGCAUUAAAAGUUUAAAUAAAACUAAGCUGAAAAAUCCAGGA